CGGACAGCAGCAGCAGGGCUACUACCCGCAGGCGCAGCCGCAACCCGUGAGUGGAGAGAGCGAGAGAGAGAGUGAAAUGGCGUGCGACGUGGUGCCUUUAGCGAGGCUUAGCCAAUGGCGAGCAUCGCGGCUGCCUCUCUCGGGCCUUGCGUGCGGGCAAGGUUUCCUGAGGGAUGGCAUCGCGCUCAGAUGCAGCAGCACUGCGAGAGUUCGGCAGUCUCGCUGGCUCGCCACGGACUAGCAUGCGCGCCUCACUGGACGUCUCCGGCCUGUGCGAGACGCAUGCCCCGGCCGAACCCCCUGCUGACGCUUCUCACAGGUCUACGUGCAGCAGCCGGCGAAGAAGGGCGGCGGCGGUGCGGCGGCAGGCACGGGCUGCUGCGCCUGUCUUGCGGGCGCAUGCUUGUGCUGUGAGUACGCUUCGAGGCUUGCGUAGCGCUCCCCUCUGACCGCCGAUCCUUGCGAACAGGCUGCGCC